ACACCAAUCUCCCGUCAUCGAUACUUGAACAUAGUUGCUCUCAAUGGGGAUGGCAAUCCAACAGCCGCAAUCUGAGGACCUAUGGGGGGACAUGCAUAUCCGAUGAAUGGGAGUCAAAUUCCACCACGGGGAGAAGCGGCAGUCGGGCUCAGCCGAGAGGAGAGAAACAUCCACUUCAGAUUAAACCAGUCUGACUUUUUAUUCUCUGCCAAGUCGGGUGUUAUUUGAAAAACCAGUUGAGUUUGGCCGGCGGUGAGAGGCACUUUGAACACACAGCGGCAUGGAAAACGCCUGCGAGAUUGGGAGACCUUGACAAGGGGAAAAGAGGUAAAAAGGCAACACCCAGGAGCCAUCUGUGCUUGGUUAAAAGGAGGCAUUUGCUGCUGGAUCCUGCCAUGCCAGAGGAAGUUAAUAAGGACGCCAUGAGAGUGCCAGCAACCCCAGAAAGAGUUCUCUCAGAGAAAGCCAAUAGCAAUGACCGGCCUGCCGCCACCGCCGGGACGCCGGUCAGCAUCCCGCUGGUUAAUGAGGUCCAGCUCACCGCGGCCACUGGCGGGGCAGAGCUGUCCUGCUAUCGCUGCACUGUCCCGUUUGGGGUGGUGGUCCUCAUUGCAGGUAUUGUGGUCACAGCUGUGGCUUACAGUUUCAACUCGCACGGAUCCACCAUCUCCUACUUUGGGUUGGUGCUCCUGUCAGCUGGACUGGUGCUGCUGGCGUCCAGUGCGAUUUGCUGGAAGGUGAGACUGGAGAGAAAGAAGGAAAGGCGGAGGGAGAGCCAAACUGCCCUUGUCGCAAACCACCGGAGUAUUUUCACUUGAGCCACCAGUUUGAGCGACACUCUCCGGAUUAUUGGAGUUCGAAAUGGCCCUGUUUUCGAAAGUGGUUUGGAGACACAGACACAGCUGUAGGCAGAUGUUUUCACGGACCAGCAUGCAGCGGGUUGCUGACCUGUAAAGCCUAAACCGCAGACUCCCAAGGCCCAGUGUGCCAGAACUUAAAGCUUUGAAGAUGCUGUAAGGGAUUUAUUUGUCAAACAGACGCAGUGCAUCUGGCGAGCUGGGAACUCGGCCAAAAGGAAUGUAUCACAAUUAAGAUGAAUUACCACUGUGCAAAGCAACGGAAAGGAAGUCUCCCAUUAAUCUGCUGUUGCAUCUGGUGGCGCUGAUUGCAGUGGGAUGGAUUGUGGUUCGAAAAGCCCAGGAAAGGAGAGGGAAAUCGGAAAAUCCAGGACAAUGAAUCACGCCUCAUUUACCAUGUUUCAUCCUGCACAUAUCGGUUAUGAAGUCUCAUUCAUGGCUGCACAGGGAAUGACUGUGAAUCGCCUGUCAUGGAAGUAUGGUACUUAGUAUGUUAAUAUGUAGCUGACGAGUGACAUGUCACAGACACAAAGACAUUAGGUUUUUGUUUGAAGUCUACCAAUGUAUUCAAUGCAUCAAAUACAAUUACACGUCACAUAAUACUUAUACAAAUGCUUCAGUGUUAUUCGUAAAGGUGGAAUAUGAAGUGUAUAAGUCAGUUUCAGCCUUGAAUAUGUAUUCUCUUAAAGCACUUUGAUCCACACCUCCACUAUCAGUAUAUGCAGAGCUAACAGCAAGACUUUUGGCAUCAUAUAGCAGUUUAAAGCAAUGAUACAAGCAACAAUGAGCAUUUUUGCCAAUACUUACUAUAUGUCAAACAAAUCCAAAUGAAUAUUCCUAUCGCACGUAAUACUGUUAAUUCUCAAUGAGUCAGUGUAUCAUGGCAUUUAUCACUUGUCACUGUCCACAUCGCAUUUCCAUACUGUAAAGAAUUUUGAUGUGUAGAGUAUUUUAUUUUGUUUUACUAUAAUCGUUUGCAUGUAUGUCUCUUCAGAUCACACUACAUUAAUUGUUAAUAGGACGUCAUGAGGUUUAAUAAACUCUCAUUAAUGUUUAAAC